AUGGAUCACUUUGACGAGAAGCCAAUAGAUUUUUGUGAUGAGCACAUGCCCCAGUACCCGGCGGCUUACUUCAACAACAUGUGCAAUCGAGAACUGUACGGCUGGGUAAUGUUCGAGCGCCGCGGUGAGAUACUGGUUUCUGAUCCGGAGAACCUGUCUGAAGAAUUCAGGGCCAGAGCAAGAGCAAUCAACAUUGACGAUCUUCCGGCAGGCAACCCCACCGAAUGGGUUCUUCCAAAAUACGACCUCGAGGCCGAAAGACUCAAAGACGUUGUCAAAGAGCAACUCGACUGCUACCGCGAACUGGAGGAAGACGGACACCCGCCCUGGUAUCACAGCUCGCAAAUCCAACAUGUCGUCUACAACGCCAAAGACCUGCCGGGCAUCACAGAGCCCUGGAGGGGCAAGUACGACGACGGCAGCCGCGUCCUGUCCAAGCAGCUGCUGCUAUGGAAGAAGUUUCGGCGCUGGCAGGAGUGGCGCCGCGAACGAGCAGAUCAUGUCGACCUCGGGAGAGAAUCGCUUGGCCGCCUGGUGAAACUCGGAGUCGGGCACCUCUCCGAAUUUGCGUUGGAGCCAGACGAAUUCGAACAAGACGAGGCAACGACACUGCUGGAAUAUCUCGACUUUAUCGACUUGUAUUAUGCGCCGAACCGUGCCCUUUUGCAGAGCUGCCAAGGAGCCCAUGACGAAAACCGUGCAAAAUGGAAGGCUUUUGAACAAACAUACUUUCAAAAGAGGGCAAGAAAAUGUAUGGUUACAAGAAGAGGCCAUGCCGCAGGGAACAUUAGCCAUGUAGGUGGCGCCGCAGAGACCCCAACGGGUCGAGCACUCAUGGAAAGGUACAAAGAAGGCGUGGCCAAUCUGGAAAACGCAAAGCGCAUAUAUGGCCUUCGCCAUGCCAUUUGGGAUCGGACCGUGGCUGAACUGACCAGACGUGGGAGACGUGAGCCCGACGCUGUCGACGGUCCCUAUCCGGAAGCACCACUCAUUUCCAGGGAUUCAAUGACAGAAAUUAAGACUAAGGGUGCUGGCGAAGCUGUGCUCCAGACAUACCUUGGACAGGACCAGGAUGAAGAGGUGGUGGACUAUAGAUCACGCAACCAAUGGACAUGGCAAGGACCAAGGCGGUCACGGAUAGAUCAGGGGCCAGCAUAUUCCCCGGGUCAUUUGCGACUCAGUGCCGGAAAUUCUGUAGUGAAUAGUUUGGCAAAAGGUCUCAAACUUGGCAGAGGAGGUUAA